UACUGUUCUAUACUAUGUUACUAUAUAGUAUGUACUAUGCUAUGCUAUGCUAACGUAUUUUAUGUUAUGUGCUAUGCUAACUAUGUAAUGCUAUGCUAACACAAAGUGGUUUUGAAAUCAUAUGAAACGUCUUUUUUAGCCUUUUUACAAGAUAAAAACUAUCAAAAUGGCAUCCUUUCACUUUUCCAUAUGCGGCCCUCGGUGGAAGAAGUUUGGACACCCCUCGUCUUGCUCAAAGACGAUCUCGCAUAAAUCUGACAAACGUUUAAAAGCAUUCUGGCUAACUUCAUCUAAAUCUCUGAGUGCUUCAUGGGAGUUUUGAAAAGUUCGACGACUCGGUGAAAUAUCUUCCGUCCGCUCCCUUUUCACAGUCCCAGCGCUUAGCAGAAGAGGUCAAGUCAAAUCCAAGAUAAGACCCCCUCUCCCCCCGCCCACGCUUGAACGUAAAAGAACAGAAAACAGGAAAUGAGAAGUCCUCCAGGGUGGAUUUGGACUUGCGCGUAUGCGAUCCACAGGACCUGGUUCAUUUUCUUCUACAGCUGUUAUUUGGAAUCCCUUGAAAGUCUCAUCUGUGAAUGGCACGGACGGGGCCGUCGUACGGUUAGCAAGAUGUCUGCGGAGGCAGACAAACUGUUGUAGUCCAACACUGGUCAACCUCGUAAGAUGACAGUUCUUUUGGCGGCUGACGAUGUAAAAAACAAAGAAGAGGUAGAACCAUGUUCGUACCGCAAUGAUUUGUUUUGAAGCUUAUUUUGCACUGAACAGGAAGUUGCUGUGCGCACGUAUACUACACACGUCCACACAGAUGGACGCCUUUUUUUCCACAGAAAUGAGCCCUUUGGGUCGCGACUACGACGUUGACGAUGCCAUGCCAUGCCAGCUUAAGCGGGCACAUCAAAAACGAGCUCCAUGAUUCAAAGCAUUUUUGGAGCGUGUCCCCGUGAACACACUUUAAGAUUCUCUCCACUGUGACUUUUCACAGCCGAGAACGAGAGGGGGGGAAACAAAACACAAAGGGAAGUAUUGUCUGUCACCUUCAGGUUCCAUCAUAACAGUUUGUGUUAUUUCUGGUAUCCGAGCAACAAGCGAAGUGUGUCACUACGUUCUAGUUUCAUUCACCGGCGCUGGCCGUACCUGUUGUAUCAACACUCACGUCUGUCAGUUAUGUCGUCGUGCUGUUUCCCAUGUGGCAGAGUGAGCACAUCUCUGUAGGACGGACGGUGAAUCACUCCUUGGAGCCUCCUGUGGAUGCACCACACCCACCACGGGUAUUAUCACAUCGAGCUGAACUAUUCAGCCACUUCACAAUAACGUUCGAUGUAAUAGCUACCACAACAUUCCAGGACCCACUAAUAUUGUGUGUGUGUUAAACAUUCACCAGCAUGUGCAGACUUUCAUAGCCACCAUACUGUAUGUGCAAUGCUAUAUUAUGCUAUGCUAUGCUAUGCUAUGUUCCAAUCCACUCCAACUUUAUGGUGUAAAGCACUUUAAAACAACCAUAGUGGCUCAAGGUGCUGUACAGAAUAAAAUAUAAUAUAAUACAUAAAAACAUACAGUAUGUCCUGUUAUGUUAUGUUGUGCAAAGCUAGGCUACGCUAAACUAUGAUACGCUAUGCUAAGCUACACUAUGCCAAUUUAUGUCACGUUACGUUAUAUUAUGUUAUUAUUUUAUGUACUAUGAUAUGAUAUGCUAUGUUAUGCUACGCUAUGCCAUGUUUUGUUAUGUUGUGCUAUGCUACCCUGUGCUAUGCUAUGUUAUUUUUACUUGUUUACAAAAAAAGCUUGAGAGUCACAUAAAAAUAAUUCUUAUGAGAACCACCUUUCCGAUUUAAAAGAAGAAAAAGCAUGCCGUCCUCCACCAACUGUUCUUUCCUGUUGUUAAAACAGCAUAACGAGAUAAGAAUGCAAUAAACUGACCCGCACGUCAUCCACAUUGUUUUAUUUGGCCUGACAGAUGUGACGGAUUAGUCCCACUGCCACACCCUUCUUCAGAUCAGAUGCCUGAACACCGAAGGUGUUUCACUGCUGCAGGGCGUCCUCUAGCGGCCGCCCAGAAACUGCAGCCAGAACGAGAAGGUGAGAAGCUGUUUCUCGUCGACUAAACUGCCCGUUCGGAGGCUGUAACUUCUACCCGCUCGAGGAGAAGCCGCUGUAAAAUUCAGCCAACACAAUUCACAGGCACGUUCCUUCUCUUUCUGCGAGACACACACACACACACUAAAAGUGAGCUGAGAAGAAGGAGGCCCAAGUCAUCUUUUGUUUAGGUUCCUGUGAGCAGUAACUUUCCCUCUGUUCUCCAUAGGAGGCAGAGUGGGCGUAGGCGUUGAAGCAUGCUUGCUACCUCUGUGAUUGGUCGGUGCGCCAUUAUUCUUUCAGCCAAUCGGACUUUCAGAUGCUGGCGCGUGAAGUCAAGCCGGUUUGCGACCAAUCGGAUGCCGAGUGAACGGAACCUGUUUUAGUUCCUCAUACAAGUUUAUGAGUGACACUGAACAAGCCGUUCUGCACUUGGACAUCUUCUCACGUUGACCAAACAUCACCAGAAGUCACAAGUACACAUGGAAAGUCACAGCUGCUGUACACACGUUCUCUUUCUACGUCAUCAACGAGUCCCACUUUUAAAGGAGGAGGUGUCCUUUCAGGAAGAGCAAUGGUGCUUCAGACUGCAUCUUUCUUUAUAAGACAUCUUUUCUAUUUGAGGUGAUUCAAUAGCGUCACAAUGUCUAUAGUGCUGCCUUGUGUGUGUGUGUGUGUGUGUGUGUGUGUGUGUGUGUUAAAUUCCUGUCCUUCAUCUGUUGUCUGCCUCGUCUUGCUAAGUAAACAGUUAGGGCGAAGACUAAAUGCUUUUUAGCUGCACGUUUACGCAAACCUGAGGUUUUCCAACACCAUUGAAAACUGUAGUUAUGCUUUAAACCCACCAGAUGGCGACAAAGACUGGCACUGGUACUGUUACGUCGCUCCAAGGCUUUAGCGUGGGACGUUGAAAAGGCUCUUAGGACAGAAACCUAAGAGCGUCUCUUCUCGGCUCCGUGCACUCAGUGAGCACACUUGCUAUUACUGUGUACACCAUGCCUCUCUACAGCCUGUGUCAUGUUUUUAAUAUAAGUGUGACAUCAUUAUUCUUGCUAAUGGACAAUAAAAUGCAGACAAAUGUCAUAUGGGAGGCCCUCGCGGUACCACUUCAUCCUGAAGGGGGCAGGCGUGCGUGCGCUGGAAGCUGCUUGUCACUGCAGUCCAUCCAUAGAAAGGAAAAUACCACCUUUUCUUUGUUUGUUUGUUUUUUUGUGACCGGACGCACCGGCUGGAGAGCAGCAAGUCAAAUGCAUGAAAUGUAUUUUAAUGCUCUGCUGAAUGAAUGACAACUUCAUGUCAAAACAUCCCAACUAUCCCUUUAACAUAAAUACAGUAUGUUUGUAGUGCAGAAUGGAGCUGGUUCACGUGAGUCCGUGUCAGUAAAGCAUGUUACUUCCUGAUGUGGGCCAUGUGUAAAUGUUUUAACAACGUAACCUGAAGCUGCCCCGAGGCUGUUUGCUUUCAGGUUUCCUUCCCUCGGUUUGAGGUUUGAUUUUUCAAACGGAAAGAGAUAAAUGUUUGCGUCAUGAAAACUAAAGCAUUCCAUGGUUCAACUUUAGCGGGCCGGUUAACCACGUGUGACCUUGAAACACUGCAUUUAUUGCUUCAAGCGAAAAUGUCAGCAAAUACAUGUUUAUGCAACUAUGACUCAAACUAAAGGCAUCGUUCCACCUUUAACAUAGUUAGUUUGCACGACUUUUGACUUGACUUUGACUGCUAGAACGCCAGCGAUGCGCUCACUUUAGUUAUUUCACAAGUCGGUGUUGAGAGAAAAGGUGUGUUUCUGAACCUGAAAAGUCCUGCCUUGCGCAAACAUGCGCAUUACCAUGACAAACAAAGUCACCGUGAGGUCUCGGUAUGACAUUUUUAGCAGUACAAGCAGGGCAACAUUUUUGCCUUUUGUAUCUCACAGAACAAAAGAUGUUUUCUGUAAUGAGCCACCAAAGGAAAGCGGAGUCGUUUUACCAGCCCGCCAUGCCUAUCAGGAUUCCACAUGACUGGAGGCACAGGAGCUAACAUCCGCAGACGAUGUUAUAGAACAUCACAGCGACGCGACAAAACUCAGUUCAUGGAGAGACGAUGAGACUACGAUAAAUGAUACCAAUUGCUGACGCUUUUUAACUGGCUUGUGUUCAUGUUAUGGAUUUCACCAGUAUUGUACUUUGACUGCCCAGAUGAUGUACACAAACAUUUCCAUGCGUACCGAAACUCUAUCGUAAUGCCACUGGUGCCGAUGUACAAUUGGUAGUUAGCGGGCCAAAAACUCCAUCCCUCGGUUCCUCGAUUUGAUGCUGAAUGCAGACUAACUCGCAACAAGUGCUUGAAGGUGAUAUUGUACAGGUAACAAGUAACAUGUGGCAUCCUGACAGACAUGCACAGAGUCCGGCUGAAAUGAAAGUGACUGCUGUACACUAACUGAUUAGAUUCAGCUCCAGAACACCCCCCCGCCACUUUUCUCUUCACUUACCAUUGUUCAAUUGCAACAACAAUCCAGGUUUAAGCCCUAAACAAGCCUCACACACUUAUUAAACACACAUCGCUAAUGAAUGAUAAUGUAAGAAGAUCGAUGAACAGAUGGAAUCAGAGUCAAGGUGUGUCCUUCAGCCUGGUCGUCAGGCUAGCGCCGGAGGCUAGCAGCCUCCAAAAGGUAAUUCCAGUAACGACUUACGAUAAUACAUUAACUUGCAUUCGCCUCGCUGCACGUUUUGAGGCCGGGUUGACUGUCAAAGCGAGUGCUUCCAUAGCUGAAGAAGCUGGUGCAUUUCACAGCACACGGUUAGCUACGGUGCGUUCAAGGACCACCAAACAAAGUGCAAAAUCUCAACGCUUGACAAAAAAAUAGAUAGAUACAAGCAUGUGUAACUACAUUUUACCUGUAUAUCAGGUAUGACCGACUUAUUGUGAAUGAGACAUAUUUUCUGCAGCAAAAAUUGCCUAUUUUCAAAGAUUUUAAGAAUAACAAUUAAAACACACAUUUAAAAACCUAAUUAAAAAAUAACAAAUAAUGGACGCCAUAGUCACUUGGUGUCUUUUGGGCGUCGUAAAAUACAAUACAGACGUUUUACUGGCCUGUUGCCUGGAUUUAAUUUACACAUUGUAUUUUCACAUAAUCAGAGCCAACGCAACAGCUCUAUCGGAGAGGUGUGUGUUCAUGUUGCAAUGAUUGUAGAGGUCGUCACACAGGAAGUUGUCUCUCAUGUGUAACCCUUGUCAUUUGCUUAAUUACAUAGCCAAAGUAUUUCACAUAGCUCAGUAAGGUGCAAUGCAGCAAACUAACGAGAUAACAAAUGCAUUGUGAAGUAAAUAGCGCUUUUACAAUAGCCAUGAAGAACAAUUUGAAGCUUUUGCGUCGAGGAAAACUAAGACGGUUUGCUUUAAACACCACUCGCGUAUUCCUCAGUGCCGUCUGAUCAGAUGUCGCGGUGUGUAUCAAUCAGACUGGCGGAUGACAAGAGGUGACAUGAUGACAGCAGGCAGCAGUCAAGCAACCUGGCUAUGCAGUUCAACAACAUUCAAACAACAACACAAAACAGGCAGGUGAUCGUUUCCAUGUUCUUUCUGUCAGGUGCUAUUGUUAUUUGACACGCCAUUUGACAUUUGCAAUGACUGAUGAUAGUAUUUGUCAGUGUGAGCUACAGUGGGUCCCCGGCGAUUCACAAUUCAGCAUUCGAGGUCCUGCAUCUUUGCAGAUUUCUUAACAAGAAAACCCCUUUUUUUUAUUUGUGGAAAAAACAGCCCAUUUGCGCUUUUUUGUCUGAUUUUUUUUGCAGAAAUCUACGAAGGAGUAAUAGGGCCGCAUUGAAACAAAAAUGUCAAGAAUAAAGUCCUAAAUUUACAAGAAAAAAAGGUGGCGAAUAAAGUGGUAAUACUACGUGUCAGAGGGAAAACAGAGCAUAGCUCUUCAGGAAGGAAGGGAACUUUCCUCUUGCUUCAGGCAAGCUUUUAUUUAUAACGUGGCAGCAAAACAGAGCUGAUUAGCAUGUCUAGCUAGCCCCUCUCACUUCUGCCUUCCUUACCCCGCCCCCUCCACACGCCCAAGGCCAACGGUCACAUAAGUCACCCCUUUUCAUAGCUGUUUCAGACUAUGCCUGUAACAUAAAACAAAAACUUGCGACUUUAUUUGUUUAAGUUUUUUUCUCACAAAUUUACAGGCAAAGGUACUAUUAUGACUUUAUUCUGGUAAAUGUAUGACUUUAUUCUGAAAAUCAAUUUUUUUUUUUCAAUGUGGCUCCGUCUCAUUCUCAAUAUAAUAAUUUGUAAAUACGUGACGACAGCGUAAUAAUACAGCAUGCAUGAUGUACAGGUAGGUGCACACCUGUCAACUCUUGUAUUUUGUCCUUUUUCCCGGUGCCGUCCCGUUGAAUAGUUUCCCGUAUUUUUCCUGUAUAUUAGCUUUUGGGGAAAAAAAAAAGAAGCACAGUUGUCGCGGCAGCGUGACUCCGAUUCCAUCUGUUCACCUCACCAGGUUUUUCUGUGGAAAAAAUUGCCGUUUUCAGACAAAAUAACAUUUAAAAUGACCAAAAUUGACCAAAAUGAUGCAAAUUUGUGGAUCCGUGAAUCCACAUUGUCAUAAAAAUAAGAUCGAAUGCUUAAAAUGAUACAAGUGAAAUUAAAUAAAGUAUUACAUGGAGUAGAACGUCCAAGUCACAUUUACUUCCUUGCCACUGGAAGUCUUCCAUCUUCUAGCUUAACUUCCCUUGUAGAUAAUUGAGUUUAUUGUUUUUCAGGAGAAGUGUGUCACCCUAUUUGACAGGCAAAUGACACAGUCUGUGUACAUCUACCCUGAGGCUUCCCCAAGUAUGACAAAAACGCAUGUCUAUCCACUACUGUUGUCUUUGCAUGUGGUUCAGUCGAGUCUGUGGAGUCCUCCGGGCUGACUGCGAGUGUGUGGCACUUGAACGUGAAAGCAUUUCAACCUUUAUUAGAAAAGACUCUGCAAGCAUCACUAAAUGCAGUCUUGCACAUUUCAGCCGUAAUUUAUGUCACUUAAAUCACCUCGGACCUCUUAAACCUAUUUUGCCCUCAACCUUUGGCCCACGUACCGCUGGUGUGAAAUAGUCACUGCGCCGUGUCAAUUUUGUCACGGCUGUGAGCAAAGCUUCUGAGCGAAAAUGUUACUACAUGGCCGCAUUUCUGCUCUGGGCACGUGUUACGUGAGACUGCUUAUUUUUAUCCUUAAAAAGCAUGAAAGGUGGCAAUUGUGCAUUCCUAAAGGUACAUGGAGAAAUGUAAAGAAGUAUUUCAAGAAUGGGCAUUCAUUGAGGAACGAUAAAAUGUGGAAUCACGGGUUUGACCUGUAAAGAGGGCGGGUGAACCCCUCACCCACGAGCCACCACCCCUGUGCUGCUGGAGAGAUGGCAUGAAAUAAUCGGGUAGACACAUUCUUCGUUCUCAACUAACCCAUCCUGGCCCAUCCCACUUUGCAGUAUAUAUACACCCCGGAGACCAAGGUGAUGCUCACAACUGCAGAUCAUCUCCAGUAUUCCUGCCUGGUCCAGAUCCACAUCCUCCAGCAUGUCACUGAGCACCAGAUCCUACAACCAGAAAACCAUGAGUGUCUACGGCGGAGCAGGCGGACGCGGCACCCGCAUCUCCUCUUCCCAGGCGUACCCUUCUCCUUCCGGCUUCAACCUGGCUGACGGCCUGGACCUGCACGUCAGCGCCAACGAGAAGGCCACCAUGCAGAACCUGAACGACCGUUUGGCCUCUUACCUGGAGAAAGUGCGCACCCUGGAGAGGGAGAACGAGCGGCUGGAUAAGCAGAUUAGAGAGUGGUACCAGAGCAGAACUGUCAUCAGCAACGACUACACCGGCUACUUUGCCACCAUUGAGGACCUGAAAGAAAAGAUCCGUGUUGCUGCCAGGCUCAACGCCAAGACCAUUCUGGAUAUCGACAACGCAAAACUGGCAGCCGAUGACUUCAAAAUGAAGUAUGAGAACGAGCUUGCCAUGAGAAUGACAGUGGAGGCAGACAUCGCUGGGCUGAAGAGGGUGCUGGAGGAGAUGAACAUGGCCAGAGCGGAUCUGGAGUGUCAAUUGGACGGCCUGAAGGAUGAGCUCAUCAUGCUGAAGAAGAACCACGAGGAGGAGAUGGCUCUGGUCAGGAGUCAGGUGGGUGGCCAGGUCAACGUGUCCGUGGAUGCGUCUCCCUCUCCAGACCUGAACCAGGCCAUGACAGAAAUUAGAGAACACUACGAGGCUAUGAUCGCCAAGAACCGCAGGGAUCUCGAGGCCUGGUACCAGAACAAGAUGGCAGCACUGGAGCAGGAAGUGAUGACACAGACAGAGUCUCUGGUAACAUCUCGCACAGAAAUCAAAGAACUGAAGAGCACCCUCCAGAGGCUUCAAAUUGAACUGCAGUCCCACCUGAGUAUGAAAGCAUCCCUGGAGGGCACGCUGGCUGAGACACAAGCCCGCUAUGCUGCACAGCUAGCAGGCCUGCAGAACAUGGUUGUCAGUUUAGAGGCCCAGCUGUCCCAGAUCCACGCCAACAUCACCAGCAACAAACAAGAGUACGACAUGCUGCUGGACCUCAAGACCCGACUGGAGCUGGAGAUCGCAGAAUACAGACGGCUGCUGGACGGGGAGGACGAAAGUGGUCACCAAGGUCAUCACAGUGGUAGAGACUGUUGUGGACGGGAGAGUGGUCGGGAGCAGCAAGACUGUCGACGUAGAUGUGGACCAGAUAGAGUGAUAUCUUGGAAGAUUACCCUCGAAUCAAUAAAGAUCGUGCGGUUAACCUUUGUCUGCUGGGAUUAUUUCAACAGAAAAUAGAAAAAUAAUAAUAAU